CUUGAGUAGGAACGUGAAGACCCGGCCUUAGAGAGAGCAGAUCGGAAGUGUAGCGCUUAAUGGCGGCGUGACGUGCCUCCAUCUUGGGAGUGGCGGGUUUCUGGACCCCUGCCUGUGAACACGCAGCGGGUCACGUGGCGGGCCUGUGCAAGCGCCCCUCUCUUUUGUUGGGCCUCCUUGUGGGACCGUCCCUCCGAACCGAGUUAGCCAAGGCUUCCUGACCUUACCUCCAUCACCAUGACGUCUCCCCUGUGCUGGGCAGCCGCGACCAGCACGGUAACUAGCCAGGAGCAAGCUCCAGCGCCCUCUUCCAAAGCCAAGGGCAAUAAGGCUCACCGUUCCCGAACCAAGGGAACGGGCCGGGCACAGGCCUGGCCUGCACAUCAUCCCAAGUCGCCAGCCUCCUUCCAUUUGAUGAAAUCUUCUGUGCACGCACAGGUGCUUGAGUUACAAAGAAAAAUCCAACUGUUAGAGGGUGACCGGAAGGCCUUUUAUGAGAGCUCCCAAUGGAACAUGAAGAAGAACCAAGACACCAUCAACCAGCUUCAGGAGGAGAUCAAGGCUCUGCACAAGCAGCUAAAAGACCUGCUGCAGGGAGACUCUAAAGUGGUCCAGGAAAUCAUUCAGGAAUGGAAGUCAGAGAAGCCGUACUUGAAGAACAGGACUUGUGAGCAGGCCCUGGAGCACCUGGAGCAUCAGUUGAGGGAGAAGAUGAACCAGCUGAAUGCCUUGCGACACCAGGUAAUGCUUCGGCAGAAACGGCUGGAGGAACUGAGGCUGCAGCACAGCCUGCGCCAGCUGGAGAUGGCAGAGUUCCAAGACAACAACACAGAAGCAGCCAAGACCAUGCGCAACCUGGAGAACCGGCUGGAGAAGGCCCGGAUGAAGGCAGAGGAGGCAGAGCACAUCACUAAUGUGUACCUGCAGCUCAAGUCAUACCUCCAGGAGGAGAGCCUCAACUUGGAGAACCGCCUAGAUUCCAUGGAGGCUGAGGUGAUGAACACCAAACAUGAGGUGCAAGAGCUGAAAGUGGUGAAUCAAGAGGCUAUAAAUGCCCGGGACAUUGCCAAGAACCAGCUGCAGUAUCUGGAGGAGACUGCGAUCAGAGACCGCAAGAAGCGCGAGCAUUACAUAACCGACUGCAAGAAGCGGGCAGAAGAGAAGAAACUUCAGACAGAGCGUAUGGAGCGUAAGCAGACUCACCGAGACCACUUACUGCUGCAGUCGGAAGAUGCAAUACAGGACCACCAGCGCCACAAGGAAGAGGAGCUGAGGCAGCGCUGGAGCAUGUACCAGAUGGAAGUGAUGUUUGGCAAGGUCAAGGAUGCCACUGGAGUAGCUGAAUCGCAUGGGGUGGUGCGAAGGUUCCUGGCCCAGGAUGAGACCUUCACGCAGUUGGAGACUCUCAAGAGGGACAAUGAGCUGGCAUUGGCGAAGUUGAAGGAGGAGAAGCAGCGGCUCCAGAGGGAGCUAGCGAACCUCAAAUACUCAGGGGAUGCCACGCUGGUGAGCCAGCGAAGGCUCCACGAAGAGAUGCAAAAGGCAUUCAAGAAGGAGGAGAAGCGUCACAACGAACUCCAUGAGCGACUGGAGCGCACCUCGAGAGUCCUCGAGUUGGUCAAAGAUUGCCUGGAGCAUUUGGCCAACAAACUGGGUCACGUUAACUUGGAUGAUACCACGGCAGGAAAGAAGUUAGACCGGGACUCAGAGGACUACAUGUGCAAUCUGCUGGUAGUUGUCCAGGAAAAGCUGCUGAAACUGCAGGAGCAACUGGAGAGCCAGGACGUGUCUGAGAUGCUGCGACACAUAGCAGACCGAGAGUUCCUGGCCACGUUAGAGGGAAAGCUGCCCCUGUACAACACCCGCAUCCUUCUGCCCGUUGCCAGUGUCAAGGACAAGUUCUUUGACGAAGAGGAGAGUGAGGAUGAUGACCGUGAUGUGGUGACCCGCGCUGCCUUCAAGCUCCGUUCCCAGAAGUUAAUCGAAGCCCGCAGCAAGAAGCGCAAUAGGUCGCGCAGGUCUUAAACUCGCAGUCAAGUCCCAUCGGGUGCCUCCGGGACUCUAGGGAGCCCUCCGACCCUCUGGGUCCACCUACGGGUGUGUGUGUGUGUGUCUGGGAACCCCCGAGGCUCCUUCAAGGGCUGGAGGAAGCUCAAGUAAGGGGCACCACAGGCCAGCAGCGCCCGGAGGAGAGAAAAGGCCGAGCCAGAAGUUCUCACAGUAAAUCUCUCGAGGCGAGUUGGUACCCGCCUCAGAAUUGCGCAAUAAAGGUCACUGACCAA